UUUCACUCUGAUAAAAAACGCUAAACCCUAGAGCAUAUACCUGAUGUGAUGUUGACUUAUUUGGUGCUAAUACAGUGGUUUAGGAAAUAAGAAUCAAACUACUUAGUUUGGAAAUUAAGAUUUUUCAGUUACCUUUUUUUGAAAAAAAAAGAAAAAAAGAAAACUCAUUUUUUGGCUUUCUCUACAGCCAGGGCUCACUUGUGUGGCUCAGUGAACUGCAGCAGCCGCCGCCGCCAUCGUCACCCACCGGGUGGUUAUGGAUUCUCAGCUUCUACGAAUUAACGGAACCGAUCUUUCUAUUAAACCAACACACUCUUCCCAUUUUCGUUCUUUCACUGCCCCUAAUUUGAUCCGUCUUUCAUCGAUCGCUUUUCCUACAGGAUUGGCUUGUAAGAGAAUAAGGUGUGCAAUGAAGUCUUAUAAGUUAUCAGAACUUAGUCAUGCUGAGUUAGAAAGCUUGAAGGCUCGUCCUCGCAUUGAUUUUUCUUCUAUAUUCGGCAUGAUCCAACCAAUAGUUGAUGAUGUCCGCAGCAGAGGCGAUGCUGCAGUUAAAGCUUAUACUGAAAAGUUUGAUAAAGUUAAGCUACAGAAAAUUGUUGAAAAUGUCUCGGACCUUCCUUAUCCUGAGCUUGACCCAACUAUUAAAGAGGCAUUUGAUGUGGCAUACGACAACAUAUAUGCAUUUCAUCUUGCCCAAAAGUCUGCUGAGAAAAGUGUUGAGAACAUGAAAGGUGUUACAUGCAAAAGGGUGGCUAGGAGUAUUGGUUCUGUUGGUCUUUACGUACCAGGGGGAACUGCUGUUUUGCCUUCAACUGCUCUAAUGCUUUCUGUUCCUGCACAGAUUGCCGGAUGUAAAACUGUUGUUCUAGCAACUCCUCCAGGCCAAGAUGGCAGUAUAUGUAAGGAGGUACUAUAUUGUGCUAAGAAGGCUGGUGUAACUCACAUUCUUAAAGCUGGCGGAGCUCAGGCCAUUUCUGCAAUGGCCUGGGGAACAGAAUCUUGCCCAAAGGUUGAGAAAAUUUUUGGACCCGGAAAUCAGUAUGUAACAGCUGCCAAAAUGAUUCUCCAAAAUAGUGAGGCUAUGAUUUCAAUUGACAUGCCAGCUGGCCCUUCAGAAGUUCUGGUUAUUGCUGACAAACAUGCCAGUCCUGCACAUAUAGCUGCAGAUUUGCUCUCCCAGGCUGAGCAUGGCCCUGAUAGCCAGGUUGUUCUUGUAAUGGCUGGUGAGGGUGUGGAUCUUAAAGCUAUUGAGGAUGAAAUUAGUAAACAGUGCCAAAGCCUUCCAAGGGGAGAUUUUGCUUCAAAAGCACUAAGCCAUAGUUUCACUGUUUUUGCUCGUGAUAUGGUUGAGGCAAUCUCCUUCUCGAAUUUAUAUGCACCAGAGCACCUGAUCAUGAAUGUGAAGGAUGCAGAAAAAUGGGAUGGUUUUGUUGAGAAUGCUGGUUCAGUGUUCCUAGGGCAGUGGACGCCAGAGAGUGUGGGAGACUAUGCAAGUGGGACAAACCAUGUUCUUCCAACAUAUGGCUAUGCAAGGAUGUAUGGUGGGGUGUCACUUGACUCUUUCCUUAAGUACAUUACUGUACAAUCUCUGACAGAGGAAGGCCUAAGAAAUCUUGGCCCAUAUGUGGCCACCAUGGCUGAAGUUGAGGGGCUUGAUGCUCACAAACGAGCCGUGACUCUCAGACUUGAAGAUAUUGAGGCCAAGCAUGCUUCUAGUGUGAGAUGAUGAUGAAUGUCAAUCAUAUUGGGUGCUGUUUUAUCUUGUAUGAUAGAGCAAAAAGUUGUCUUUGCAAUGGAGUUUGAUUGUUAUAUUGUAACAGAUAAUCCCCUUCACUGCUAGCUAUGAAGGUGGUCUAGAGAUUUAGAUAUAGUUUAAUUUUCCAUUUCAUUGAAUGAUUCCAAAGAAACUAAACUAAUGAAUGGAGUUUAAUUUCCAUUUCAGUGGACGUCACUAAAGAAACUCAUGAAUGGACAAAAAUCAUGACUCUAAUUGGAAGUUUUCAAGCUUAGUGUCACGGGUCGAGACUUAAGUGUUGAAUUCGUGCGAUUUUAGGAUUCGGACAUUCAAUCAUCCGACGUUUUAGAUCAGUCUAACUGUUACAGUUCAUACCUUUGUAAGGUAUUAUUUGUUCCGGUUCUCUUGAUUUUACGGUUUUGUCUUAUAAAAAGCGUCUUACAUUUACCUAUGUAUCUUGGGGUUUAUAGCUCAGAUCAUCCACGCACAAUAUCUCUAACAUAUUCUCAUGCUCAGAACGUUUGCACACUGCUUCCACUGAUAGCACUCGUCAGGUUACUUGGCUUGAGGGUGUUUGAUCACUGUUUCGAACUUCCUCGUGUAUCUUGCAGUCUAGGGCUCUCACUGUUCGCACAACAUGUUAGUAACAUGUUUCAAAGCUCUAAAUGCACGCCCGUGUAUCUUAAAAUCACUUUCCCGCCAGCUUGAUCUCGAUCGCUGCUCGGUUCAGGAUCAGUCAUGGCAGGACCAAGGCCUGGCCAUGACACUCUCCCCCACUUACUAUGUCGAUGCCCUCAUCGACGCCAAGACCACACCUAACUCUCUUGUUGCACACAGCUGACAUUUGUUCAUAUGUCUCUCACUUGUGCCCUCAAGGAUUGGAUCGAGGUCCCGUCACAUGGGGCACCGCCCACAGUACUCAUCCAUUGUUGAUGUAGAUUGGUCACGUUGUCGCACUCAUGCUGCUCUGCUCUGAUACCAAAUCUAUCAUAGUCCGCGCGUUUUUCAUUCUGAAACUACGCAUCUGUGCGGCACCAAGAUUACUCUUAGUCAAGGUCAGCCUUCACCUAAUCCAUAUUUCCUUGGAUAGAUCAAUUU